CGCAGUGCUUUGAGAUCUGAAUUUUUAUACACCGCAGGAGGAAAUUGCAGCCUGCAGGGCAGAGUACCUAUACAAAUGUUUCCUCCUUGCUUGGACUGAUACAAGAUUUGGAAGCCAAAUUCAGGAACUGACAUUCCACCGGUGAGAAAAAAAAAAAAAGCAGCAUGGACAGCAAUAAAGAUGAUGAUGGACUAUUGAACAGGAUUGCAUUUCCAGGAGCUAUGUCCCUGGCUAACAGCCAUGCGCAUCCCCAUGGGGUCCCCCUGAGAGAGCCCUUUGGGGUUCCCUUCCAUCUGGACCCGUCUUACUGGGAGCAAGCCUAUGGCGGGCACGCAGGUCGCAUCUCCUACAUCCCAUUCCCUGGUUUCGUGGGUGUCUAUGACUAUUCCUUUGAGCCUGCCUUCAUUCGAAAGAGGAACGAGAGGGAAAGGCAGCGGGUGCGCUGCGUGAACGAGGGCUACACACGCCUGAGAGAGCACCUGCCCAAGGAAUUUGCUGACAAGCGCCUCAGCAAAGUGGAGACCCUGAGAGCUGCAAUAAGCUACAUCAAACACCUGCAGAGCUUGCUGGACUGCCAUCCCUUAGGGUCCAACAGUAAGGAAACGCUCUCUGCCAAGGAGCUCCCGGAAGCUCCCAGUCCUGGUCCCCCACGGGAGUGCAACAGUGAUGGGGAGUCUAAAACCUCUUCAGCUUCAUCCCCCUACAGUGAAUUUGAGGAGACAGGCAGCUAGGAAACAGCCUCUCUGGAGACAGAAGCCUUCAAGUUUGAAACCCAAAUCUAAAACCCUGGGGAUUUUUCUACAGAUGGAAAUGAAUACCAGGAAAAGGGAAAGCAGCUAGGAAAAACAAAAGGUAUUUUCAAUCUGUCAAAGGACUUUAAACGUUUUCUGUACAAAACCUAAAGAU